GCAACCCUGCGCAUCACCAGCGCUCUGGCUGCUAGUCUGUGUUUGUGUUGCUUAGCUUAGCCUGCUAGUGCUGCAGCAGGAGAAAGGCAAUUUGCGCAUUUCAUUUUAGCCUAAAAUGAACGUUUUUGAACAUUUCCUCUGGAUGUGCUGCUGAGUUCAACGCCUCGUUUUUUUUCUGUGAGACAUCAGAGCCACAACAUGACAGACUGUGGAGACGUUUGUCCUCACUUGGACUCCAUAGGUGAAGUGACCAAGGAGGAACUUCUGCAAAAAUCAAAGGGCACCUGUCAAUCAUGCGGGGUAGGUGGUCCCAACCUCUGGGCAUGUCUUCAGUGUGACUGUCCCUACGUUGGCUGCGGAGAGUCAUACUCGGACCACAGCACCACACAUGCGCAGGCGAAGAAACACAAUCUGACAGUGAAUCUGACCACGUUCAGGGUGUGGUGUUACGUGUGUGAGAGAGAGGUGUUCCUGGAGCAGAGGCCUAUAAGCCCAGUGGCCUCAACUCAACGCUACAAACCUCUCGAACAGGAUUCUCCUCCCCAGACUGCAUGUCACCCAUUAAAGGCAGUGCCGAUCGCUGUGGCGGAUGAUGAAGGUUCAGAGUCUGAGGAAGAUGAGUUUAAGCCCAGAGGCCUCACAGGGAUGAAGAACAUUGGAAAUUCAUGUUACAUGAAUGCAGCAUUGCAGGCCCUCUCAAACUGUCCUCCUUUGACUCAGUUUUUCCUGGACUGCAGCGGGCUGGUGCGUACAGAUAAGAAACCCGCUCUGUGCAAAAGCUAUCAGAAACUCAUCUCCGAACUCUGGCAUAAAAAACGACCCAGUUAUGUGGUCCCCACUAGUCUGUUUCAUGGCAUCAAACUGGUGAAUCCUAUGUUUCGAGGCUACGCUCAACAGGACACUCAGGAGUUCCUGCGCUGUCUGAUGGAUCAGCUGCAUGAGGAACUGAAGGAGCCUGUCAUUGACUACAGCAACUCCAUCACUGAAAAUGACUCGGAGAGCAAUCACGACAACCAAGACCAUGCUGGCGGAGACCGUAGCCCCUCGGAGGAUGACUUCCUGUCAUGUGACUCGGGUUCAGGGAGCGAGAGAGGUGAUGGAGAUAGAGCAGGAGGUGAGACGGAGCUUCUUAUUCAGGACGAGUGCACAGGAACGAGGGAGAGCAGUGGGAUCUCUGAGAAGGAGAAGCUGAAGGAGAGACGGCGGGAGGACAGAGGAGAGGAGAGAACGCCGGAGAUGGACGAGGACGCUGAUGUGGACACGGCAGUGCAGGAGGAGCAGAACGAAAGAGUUGGAGAGCAGAUGGGGACCGGCAGAGCUCAGGGAAAUACAGAACCGGACAAUGAGGUGUCCAUGCAUCGCCCGUCCUCUCGUCCCUGUAGCCCCACUCACAGUGUGCAGGAAUUUCAUUCAAAACUGUCCAGCAGCCCACCCAGGUCCAGUCCUCUACGAGCCAGCCCUGCCUAUGCCUUCAAGAAAGCUCAGAUGCUCCUGGGCACUAAGAAGAAGAAGCAGUCCCGGUUUCGCAGUGUUAUUUCUGACAUCUUUGACGGCUCCAUUCUGAGCCUGGUCCAGUGUUUGACUUGUGACCGGGUGUCAACAACAGUCGAGACCUUUCAGGAUUUGUCUCUGCCAAUUCCGGGUAAAGAAGAUCUGGCUAAACUCCACUCCUCCAUUCACCAGAGCACCCCAGCCAAGAUGGGUGUGUGUGCAGACACCUAUGCUGCCCAGGGCUGGCUCACCUACAUUAUGGAGUCGAUACGCAGGUUUGUAGUGUCCUGUAUCCCCAGCUGGUUUUGGGGUCCCAUGGUGACACUGGAGGACUGCCUCGCCGCCUUCUUUGCUGCAGAUGAACUAAAAGGGGAUAACAUGUACAGCUGUGAACGAUGUAAAAAGUUAAGAAAUGGCGUGAAAUAUUGUAAAGUCCUACAACUCCCAGAGAUUUUGUGCAUUCACCUGAAACGUUUCCGGCACGAGGUGAUGUACUCCUUUAAGAUCAGCAGCCACGUGUCUUUCCCGCUGGAGGGUUUGGACCUGCAGCCCUUCUUGGCCAAAGACAGCCCUUCUCAAAUCACUACUUAUGAUCUCCUUUCUGUCAUCUGCCAUCACGGCACGGCCGGAAGUGGCCACUACAUAGCAUAUUGUCAGAACGUUAUCAAUGGUCAGUGGUACGAGUUUGAUGAUCAGUAUGUAACAGAGGUCCAUGAGACGGUCGUGCAGAACGCAGAGGCCUACGUUCUCUUUUACAGGAAGAGCAGUGAGGAAUCAGUGAGAGAACGGCAGAAAGUCAUAGCUCUGGCUAAUCUGAAGGAGCCCAGUCUUUUACAAUUCUACAUUUCCAGAGAAUGGCUCAACAAAUUCAACACAUUUACGGAACCAGGACCCAUCACUAAUCAUACCUUCCUGUGUCAACACGGAGGAAUCCCUCCUACCAAAUAUCACUAUGUGGACGAUCUGGUGGUGAUUCUGCCUCAGAAUGUGUGGGAAUACCUUUACAACAGGUUUGGAGGAGGUCCAGCUGUAAAUCACCUGUAUGUGUGCACUAUCUGCCAAGUGGAGAUUGAGGCCUUAGCCAAACGCAGGAAAACUGAGAUUGACACCUUCAUCAAGCUCAAUAAGGAGUUCCAGGCCGAGGAGGCUCCAACAGUUAUUUUGUGCAUCAGCAUGCAGUGGUUCAGGGAGUGGGAGAACUUCGUCAAGGGUAAAGACAAUGAGCCUCCAGGUGCGAUUGACAACAGCAAGGUUGCAGUGAUGAAGGGGGGGCAUGCACAAUUAAAACAUGGGGCUGACUAUGGGCAAAUCUCUGAGGAGACAUGGCAGUACUUGUUGGGAAUUUAUGGUGGCGGUCCUGAAAUUGCAGUGAGGCAGAGCGUCAGCUCUCCUGAAUCAGACACACAUGGAGAGAGGAAGAUCGAGGCAGAAACUAGAGCACUCUGAGCGAGUGGUAUCCUGAAUGUGGCUGAACUUUAUCUGCACCGUGUUUACGCCUGCUUUCCUGUAAGCACUUUGUGAGCGCACCUAAUGUCGUGGUCUAUUACCUCUAUAGGACUUGGAUGUCUAGUAACACAGGGUUGGUAUACUAGAAGGUCUGUAUGUCUGGACAGUGUCAGGUACAGUGAGUCACUCAUUUCAUGCAGCUGGGAGACUGAGCCCAUUUCCCCUCUUCAGAUCUCCCAUACUUACAUUUACAUUUAAACUUUAUUUCUUCCAGAAUUCAGAUUACACAUGUGCAGUAAUGCACAGGUUCUCUUGAAUAAAACUUAUAAAGUAAAAAGCUUUACAUGCACUUUGUGAAAUGAACACAAUGUUCGAGGUUGUAAAUAUUUACUCCCAGCAGACAAAGUUCUAACUGGGAUUGAUGCAUUACUUACUGUACCAUAAAUCUGCACUCCCACAGAUGUGCGUACACAAAAGCAAACCCAGUUCACUCAUUCCUCUCUCUGUCUCUGUCUCUCUCUCUCUCACACACACAGAUAACAAAUUCAUUCAAAUUCAGCUAUUUAGCUACAUUGAGUUUUCCUUGUGUUUUCAACUGUUGAGACCCGACCCUGGUUGCUGCUUUUUAGAGCGAUACUAUAAGCUUAGACCCAAGCAGACUAUAAACCACAAUACAUACCUGAUCUUUGGUCAGUCCUCCACAUUUUUCUAAUGUGUUCUUCUGAUGGCUGCUAAUGUUGCUUCAGGUAGUAUAUGUGGCUAGUAGCCUCCUUUCAGACUGAGUCAUAGCAAAGUGUUUAGCACUUACAUCAGAGCCGUUCCUGACUUCCAUGAAAUGUGAUCAAAUACUGACUCAUUUAACUCUAAUGCUAUCAUGUCAGACACUAUUUAACGUAAACUGGUUUUCAAGCUUGAAGGUUGACCUUUAAUUUAAUAGAAAGUUAAGGCAAAACCAUGGCAAUUAAGGCACAGAAAGUGAAGUCAUAUCAUGAGAGCCAAUCUUCGGUGGUUCAGUAAGAGACUUCUGUUAUUUAUGUUUGGCCAUUUUUCUGUUAUGGUUAAAGUAUUAGACUCUGUUUUAAACAUAACUGGAUUUGGAAGUCAUAUACUGUGUGUCAAAUGUGAGUGAGGGUUAUGUCUCUGUUCCUUUGUAAUUUGAAGUAUCAAUGUACACUUCGUAAAAAAAAAAGAAAAGUUUUUUUAUUAUUAUGAAGAAAUGAAAAGAGUGAGUUACAAGGAGUUACAAAGUCAGUCUUUUACAGUCCUUUAUUUAUAAAUGUUUGUUUAUGUGCCGUUGCGUUCAGCUCCAGUUGAAAUUCACCAAAGUAGACUGUUGACAGUUAUACCAACAUUUUAACUUGUGUUUUUGGUUAAUUAGUAAAUUCAGGGCUUGUGCAAUGAAGUCAGUGUGAGGAGCCAUGACAGUGAACAGUGUUUUACUGUUAUGCUAAAGUACAUAUGAUUUCACUAGGAACGGUGGUGGCUAUAACGUCCAGCAUAUUGUGCUUAGUCGAGUUGAUGGCAACAGGGGGCGGUGGUCCUUUGCUAUUGUAUCAUCUUAAUGCUACUGUUGCUCCCAUCUGUACUUAAAACAUGCAUAUUUAAAUAUUAAAUCCUAUUUCAGGUUUAUAUUAUGAUGUAUAUUUCCUCCUUAAUUAAAAGUUCAGCCGAUUGUUUCAUUGAGCACAAUCAUAGACAGCUUGAUAAUCUGAUUAUUAAAAGAAAAGUGUUGAGAACAAAGAAUGACUGUUUUGCUAAUUAUGUGAAUUGCAACUAUUUAAAAUGCCAAGCUUUGUGCUUGUGUAAUGGCUUUUUGACUCUGAGCGUGUAGAUGUCACUGACAAGUGAACUAAUAAAGCCUGUUUUUUCA